AAUUGUCAGCCAUUCCGUAGCAGUCUAAAGAUUCUGGCCCUGCCACUUUUUAGAGUUUAGAAGUAACUUCUGAUUGGUUAACCAUUGCGCAUCCACCUGGAAUGUUAUAGAGCUUGACCUUUUGGAGUCGUGUGGGAGUCUGGGAGAGCAUAUGCGCCAUGCAGUGGUGGUGGGCCCUCUCUCUCCUUUCGGAAACCGGUGGUGCCGCCUACGGCGUUUUCUGUGACUCCGUUUUUCACAGUCACGACGUCACUUCCCAGUUAAACGUGGCCGACUCGCAGCAAGGAGUGGCAUCCAAGCGAGCGUCGCGCGAGCUGUCAAGCUGUCGGCCCUGAGAUAGCCCGGGAGAGAGCCAGCGGAGACUUUAAUCAGCCGGUGCAGCUGAUCGCUUAAAUGACUCGUCGUGGCGGCCAUUGAGCGCGUAAUCGAGUACCCGUUGGCAUCCGAGACCGCCGGUUUUACGCCCGCCGAGAGUCCGUUCAGGCGCGACGAAAGAAAAACAUGUCGUCCUCGGGCGAUUUCGGUAACCCGUUGCGGAAGUUCAAGCUCGUCUUUCUCGGCGAGCAGAGCGUUGGGAAGACGUCUCUUAUUACACGGUUUAUGUAUGACAGCUUCGACAACACGUAUCAGGCUACGAUAGGUAUAGAUUUCUUAAGCAAAACUAUGUAUCUUGAGGAUAGAACUGUGAGACUACAGCUGUGGGACACAGCGGGGCAAGAACGGUUCCGUUCUUUGAUACCUAGUUACAUCAGAGAUUCUACUGUCGCGGUGGUUGUUUACGAUAUUACCAACGCCAACUCGUUUCACCAAACAUCCAAGUGGAUAGACGAUGUACGGACUGAAAGAGGAAGUGAUGUGAUAAUUAUGCUAGUGGGCAAUAAAACUGAUUUGAGUGAUAAGAGGCAAGUUUCAACGGAAGAGGGCGAGCGGAAAGCGAAAGAACUAAAUGUGAUGUUUAUUGAAACUAGUGCUAAGGCCGGUUAUAAUGUUAAACAGCUAUUUAGAAGAGUAGCGGCAGCUCUGCCGGGUAUGGACUCUACCGAAAACAAGCCUCCUGAAGACAUGCAAGAGGUAGUGCUCAAGGACACGCCAAUCGAACUGAAAGCCUCGGAGAGCAGUUGUGCAUGUUAAGUCGUCGUCGGCCUGUACGGUAGCAGGGUAUCGAAUCGAAUCAGAAGGUGUUUUAAUAAUCUUCGAAUAAGGCUCGGACCGUCCUGGAUCGUUCUGGAACGGUUUGGGGAUCUUUCGAGAAACAUAAAUCCAUUUUCUGAAGAAAUUUUCAAGAAAGCUUUUUUCGAUUUUUUAAUAAGCAUUACAAGCAAAAAGUAUUAAUAUUAUUGCAUACGUCGUAAUUAACAACAGUACUGUGUAAUAAUAUUAAUAUGUUAUUAUUUACUUAAAAGUAUUAUAUAAUUUUUUCGAUAAAAUUGAGAAAGUUCUCUUGGAAAUUUUCUUAGGAAGCAUACAUACAAGAUUAUUAUAUAAUUGUUAAUAACAUUAAUACAAUUAAUUUAUUUUAAUUUACUUCAAGACAUUUGAAGAGAGUAACAUAUAAUUCCGUUUCUGUUCGAUGCCCUGACUAGUAGAAAAACACUGUGCUAAGUUAAUUUAUAAGUUAAAUGACUUAGGAUGUUAGGGUACUGAUUGCAUUCGGCCUGUGGUUUCCGUGAAGUCGGAAAAUUUGUGAAAAGCCAUGCACUGAACAGCAAUGAUUUUUAUUACGAGAAAAAAUACAGUUUCACACAGUAGCUUAAGACUGCUUUUACACAAUGACGUGUUUCCAUAUAUUAGCCAAUCAUAAGAAGAGCUGUUAAUUCUUUCAGCAUUGAUAUAAUUACGUUCUUAAGUAAAAUUAUGGAGUGUCUCUAAAAAAUUGUCAGAAUUGAGAUUAAUCAAUGGAGAUUUUCGUAAAAUAAGGCAAAUUAAAAAAUAAAUGUAAAAAGUACAGUAAAUAGUAGUGUCAACAGUUUUAGUUUUUAUUAUUAUCGUACAAUAAAAAUUGCUAGAAUUUGAAAAAUUAUUAUUUAUUUAACGGAAAUAAUUAUUUUAAUUAAAAUAGUAGUUUCAAGAUCUAUUGCAUUUUUUAAGAUAAUUGCAUUUUAAAGUAAUUUUUAGUAAUUAGUGAGUAUUUUUUGUGCUAUUGGAUAAUAAUGUAUUUAUUAUAUAUUUCAUAAAAGAGAUUUAUAAAUUUUAUUUGCUUUUUUAGUCCCAUUGGAAUUUUUCCUCAUUUAAAUAUCAGAGCUGAAAGGAUUGAUAUGGCCUUUGUUGACGUAUCAAAGUUCACCUAAGUUUAUUUUGCUUGUUAAUACCGGUUGUUUAAUAUUGUACAUUAUUUUUUUAUGCGUGCAAUUGAACAUAUAUCGAUAGUUGCUCAAAUUCAUAUAAACGAUCGAUGGAAAUGGAUCGUAUUUUUUGUGCUUUUAUUUAUUUCGCGGUUUUCAAGAACGAGAUAUUAAUUGUCUUACAUGCUCGCAAUAAAUAGAGAAACUCAGCUGCAUUUGCAUUUAUGAUAUUUGACAACAAUUAAAUCGAUUUGAAAAUUAUGAAUUGUAGAAUAAACGCGUUACGUAAGUGCAGUCCUUGAAAUAAUUAAAAUUAAAAAUUUCAAAUAAUAAAUAUGACUAAUGAUAUAUAAGUGCUCGCUCUAUCCGAUGCUAUAGAGAAACAAUAAAUAGCUGAAACUCAACAUUGAAAGCUUAAUUUGAUCUAAAUAUAUCAAUAUUAAUUGAAAAGUUAGUAAAAGGCAAGUAAAAAGAGAAAAAAACUGAGGAAAAGAACGUUUAAAAUAAAUUUUUUUACGAAAUAGAUGGAUAAUUAAUUAGUAGCUAACUAUAUCUCUUUUCUACAAAUAUUUUAAGAGUAGAAUAAAUAGACAACUCUAUAGAAACUCGGAUUUAUCUUAGCAAGUAUUUUUUUCCUUGAGCUAUUAUUUAUAUAAUUAUAAUUUUUUAAUAAUUUGUUUAUAAAAGAAAUCAGAAAAAUAAUUUAUCUAAAUAUUGCAUAUAUUUUGAGUUUUGAAUAAAAAAACUUUAAAUUUUUAAUAAGAUACUUAUCUUAAGACUUCCUUUGUUGACUAUUUGUCUGUUACUAGAAUACCCUAAUUUAUGUAAAAAAGACUUAAAUUAUCGAUAAUACAAAGAAAUUGUAAAAAUGAUAA